ACCCCUCAUUUUUUUCCACAGGUUUAUGGGUGUGUGGUCCCUUAACUCAUGAGUAACAUAACUUAGAAGUUUUUCAAGAUACAAGCCCUUGAGCAGCUGAUUUUUCUUCUUUUUUUCUUUUGCUUUUACUUGCGAGUGAAAAUGUGAGAUAUGAACGCUAGGUGGUGGCAGCGAUUUUUAACUCUCUUCACAACAGGCAGCAGUUUGGCAGAUAGUUAACAAUUCUUCAAGUCAUUUGUUGCCGCUCCCAAUUCAUGUUAACUUUAAAACUAAACAUAAAACAAAGACAAACAACAAACAACAACAAACAUUACCUUAAAGUCCGCUAUCUUAAUAUUGACGCAUAAUGGGAAAUGUCAUAGAGGGGCGAACAAAUAAAAAAUAGUAUCGGAGUUGCAGUGUUAUAACACUUUGAGCAAUGGAUAUUUAAACACAAACUGUAGCAACACAAUAUAUCAAUGCUUACAGGCAUCUAUUCUUCAUCCUCUGCAAAAAAAAAACCCCGACUCAUAUCACUGCAGCUUACUGAGUCACUUAUUGUAGUUGUGAAACUUCCUCGUUUGUAUCUGCCUAAAACGCCCCUUGGAUAAAUUAUUUAUCCCCGUGGGGCAAUUAAGGACAUGCUACAUUAGGUAUAUCCAUUAACUAUGAUAUAAAUAUGGUAGAUUUGAGGUGUUUGAACAUUUGAUAUGGUGUGAAUAUGGUACAGUAGAGCUGCUUAAACAUUAAAUAUGUACAUUAGGAUUGUAUUGGACAUUACAUAUGUCAUAAAUGUGGUGAAUAUGGUACAAUAAAACAAUAUAGAACAUUCAAUAUGAUGUAAGUACGCUACAUUAGAGUUGUGUCGAACCGGACAUGUUAGUCUCAUUGCACAAUUGCCUAUGAUUUCCAACUUGCUGUUACAUCACCAUAAAAACUGCCAAUGGAUUUGCCAAUUUUAUUUAUUUCUUUAUUCCCGCUUGUUUUCCUGAAAAUGUUCAAAUAUGACUUGGGUAACUAUGCUAUUAGGCUAACGAUAGUUAUGGUACAAUUGAGAUAUUGUACAUAGAGUUUACAUUAAAUAUGAUGUCAAUUAUUGUACAUUAGAAGUAAAUGCGUCAAAUAGGAUGUACCUAUGGUGCACGAGAGGUGUAUAGACAUUAAAAAUGAUAUAAAAUAUGGUACAUUACUGGUACAUAAAUAUAAUGUAAAUAGUUCAUUCGAGUUGUAUAGAACAUUAGAUAUGGGCACGAAAUUAAAAUUGGGCACUUAUAGCCGUAGUGUAAGUCCAGCCUUUGUCGUCAAGAUCUCAUGCUUGAAUUUGAACACACAAUUUGUUUUUGUUUUUUGUUUACCUUGCACUUAUUGUUUUGUUUCCACCCACACCGACUGUGAUUAAAUGACAACACGCCAUGGAUUUCAAGGUGCUGCGUGUCCACUCUUUAACGCUUGAAUCCUUCUGGCAGAGAGAGCGAUGGGACAUCAGGCCACAGGGGGCCCGAUCGUAUACAAGCAGUCAAACCUCAGGGCGCUGGAGUGGAGGACAAGGUGGAAACGGCGUCCGCGUACAAUCCGUCCUCGUUCAACAGACAGAGCACGAACAUGGUGCCAGAUUAAACACCAUACGUGUGCAAGUAUCUCAGUCCAAGCAACCGAGAGUUGAAAGCGUGUCUGAAGAUGACAAGCACAAGCAGGAUGGCUGUGAUUUUAAAAAUGCAGCAGAGUUCCAAAACACGGAAAAGGACUUUGCAGAGGAACAUGACAAGCAUCUGCUGGAGAGGUUGGAUCCAACGCCAGCGAGCGAGGCGCUGCGCCGCAUUGCGGACGAGAGUGCCUCCACCCCCGCCGGGUGGCUGAUGGGCCCUUUGUUCCAGUCCUUCAAGUCCAAGAUGGCCAGCUUCACGGAAAUAGUCAUGAGUCCCACAAAGCUCUUCAAGGACAAAAACCUACCGGCUCCUGAACUUCAACCAGACGAGAAUGACGAGUCAUCGGGAGCCAACCGGGAGUCGCGGGAAAACGGCAGACAGGAAGAAAAUGAGAACUCGUUCACUCUGUUACCACAACCUGGAAGUGACUCUAUCCAUUCUCGGAGAUUAUUUAGCACAUCGCUUGACGGAAUAGAAUUCCAUUUGCCAUCAAGCCAGGAGGUCCCACUCUUAGAGGAGCCCACCGUGAAGCUAGCCGACGUUAUUGAGGAUGCAAAAACGUCAGCGCGGCAGAAAACGCGCCUGAGGAAGCCCGCCGUGGAAAAGAUUACCACCAUGUAUUCCUGCAACGUCCAGCUGGAGCGUCUUCACGAUGCCAGGCCUAACCACAUAGACGGCGCUUGCCGUGAAACUAACUCUGAUUUUGUGCAAUCCAAAAGGAUGCUAAACACCCAAGUCCGCGAAGAGAGGAAAAGACUGAAGUUGGACAACAAACGUAAUGUAGCUAAACAGCCACCACUUAAACAGAAAGUCCCGUCUGCAGUUUCAGAUGGACAGGAAGCGCUGAAACCUGCCGCCAAGUUUUGCAAAGUCAAGCGGAAAGUGGAAGGGGAUGAGAAGAAUGACUCCGGCAGGAAGGCCAAGCACACGACGGGCGACCUCGUCAGAAACCGCACGGCGCCCUCCGUACCCGUUCUGCCGCUCGGGAGCGCAAAUGUCAAAGCGCGCAAACGCAAGUCGGUGGUCCCGACGCAGCCGGCCUCUUCUGCCCACCAGUCGGCGCCCGCGGAGAUGGCUGCUCAAAGUGAGGGCGCCCCCAACCCGGGACGCGGCAGGCCCAUUAAGAGACUCAAAAAGGCUCCCCGAGGUGAGGUUCAAGCACAAACCAAAAAGACUGAAGCUAAAUGUGGAAAAGCUCAAUUGUCGGCGGAACCACUUUACUUUGAAAUGACUCCCUUUGAAGGUAACCAGUCAGAAUGUACCGAGCCAAACCAAAAUGGCGUUUCGGAUGGCAGUGCCUCCAGGUUACGCAACGGAAGGGUUAACAGGAAGCAGCACAGAGGAGAUUCCCAGGUCAGGAGGUCACGAUUUGGUCGGACUCACGCGGACGACAGGACAGCCUCGGCCACCACGGAGGACCUCCCGUCACGUAGCGUCCAAAGCGCCUCGGCGGGCCGCUUGCUGCGCAGCUACUCGUGCCCGGAGAUCCCCUCGCUCUUUGCCUCGCUCCCUCGCCAGCCGCCGCUCGCCUCGGUCCCGUCACGUGUCCACGGGGGCUCGCGCCGCACACGCCGCCACACGGUGGGCGGUUCGGAGAUUGAGCGAGAGAUCGCCCCCCUGUGCUUGCGCAAGGAGGUGUACCCGUCCAGACGCUCCUUCCUGUGCGACGGGCAGAACCUGCCGCCCGCCCUCUCGCCCGGCUCCUCGCUGUCGGCGCUGGCUUCCUGCUUCCUGUCCAGCCCGCUGGCCUUCCUGUCGGGGAGAGGAGCGGCGCCCGCCAGCCACACCGUGUCGAGCCAUGCCGCCCCGUCAUCUUCUUCUUCUUUGCCGAUUCUCAUGAAAACGGAUACCUCAUGUGGCACCCGAGACGCCUGCACCAGCGCGAUCCUGCUGGCGGGCGAGACUGACGGCAUAGCGCCGAGUGAGGAGGAGGACGAGGACGCCGGCUCCUCCAGUCACGAGUUUGACGAAGCGGCGGCAGCACUGAGAGAAGAGAAGUCUCUGUCAGACUCUGAGCUCAAGACUGCGCAGAAACACGAGCAGCGCGGUAAGGUGUCAUCCAUCCGCAUCCGGAGGGCGCUGCCCAAACCUCAGAACAACCUGACGCCCAUGGGGCUCCCCAAAGCCGUCAGGCUGAAGAAGAAGCAGUUCAGUUUGGAGGAAAUUUACACCAACAAGAACUUUUGCAAACCACCCGAAAGCCGGCUGGAGACCGUCUUCGAGGUGCCGCUCAGCCGCCGCGACGGCUCAGAGUCUCGCUUCGGCCAGCGCCGCCUCAAGCGCUUCCUGGAGUUCCUCGAGGUGGGCGAGGCCCGGAAGCCCAAGAAGGUACUGGGCGGGGGCGGCGGCAAAUCGGGGGCCACGUCGUCCCGCACGAGACGGGGGGGCUUCGCCAAGGAUGACGCCGUCGCGUCCCUCCUGCCGCUGCCCGACCCCGACUCUCUUCUGUGCGCCAAACUGAAGCAGCUCGACUUGUGGCUCAUCCGCGACCAGGUGGAUUCUGCGUGUUGACUUUCCAUCUGUUCCCUGAAUGAGUCGUCUGCACGGGAAAACUUGGCACCCAUGUUCAUUUGUUAUGGUUACCACACGAGGACAAUAAUAAUGGCAGCUUUUAUUUAUUACUUUGCAACUUAGUCACGUGUCGCAGUUGUUUGUGUGUGUUGUUGUUGCCCAGUUGAACGAGGCAGCCUUAAACACACCCUCAGUGUUCUUUUUUGUAUCUAAGUGUCAGUUUUUUUGUUUUUUUUUAAAAGCGUUUAUUACAUCAAAGUCUUUUUAAAAAGCACACCAAGCAUUGAAUAUAGUAAGAACGCCACUUUUUUUUUUUGUUACCGUGGUGGCUAAUUUAUUAACUUUCCUACAGGCUUGGGUAUUGAAUAUUCAUGUGUCGAGGAGUUGUCAUGUAUAACUGUUGUAUACUUGGUUUUAUACAUAAUGAUUUACAAGUGUCUCUGUCGUGGGAAAUAAAUAUCAGCUUAUAAGAGUG